AUGUCAGAACCACUCAGCCCCGCUUCCACCGAUGCGGACAGUGAUAAAUCUUCGAGCAUUGCGUUGAACCUUACGUUGACUGAACAAUACUGCGGAGAGCCGUUUGAGGAGUUCGAGCCUAAGGCAAAGAAGCUCUGCGAGAGUAUAUGGCCGGACGCGAAACGUAUCGAGCUCGAACGAAUACCUGGUGGCUCGUGCCACAGGAUUGUUGCAAUUAAAGUUCUUCCCGAAGCCAUCGACAUCAAGACGGCGACCAGCAUUUGGCGGAAAAUCAAGCAGGUACUCCAUAUACUUUUUAAACUUCUCCGCUCAUGCCGCAGAAGAGGACAAGAAAAGCAACCGCGCUAUCAGACCGGGUUUGACAACUACAUCCUUCGUAUUCCGAGAUUCCCAGAUCCACCGGAGGAACUUACUCUGCACCAUGAGCGCGUUGCUUGUGAGUUUGCUGAGCAACUCCUAACAUUUCCCGUACCAAAGACGGUGAAGGUAUGUUUGGUUUCGGAAAAUUCGAUCGGAAACCCGUAUGUAAUUCAGGAGCGUAUGACUGGGCAGCCGCUUGACGACCUGUGGAAAACGCUUAAUCAACAGCAGCGACUGUGUGCAGCAAAGCUGCUUGGCAAGAUAUUGCGCGAACUUGCAGCGACCACCGCUCCCGCGGCUGGCAAGAUUGAUCCUCGAGAUCCUACGAGAAUACUAGCUCCGCCGCUACCAAGUCAUCCAGUACGACCUAACAUGACGGAACUUGCGCAACCCAUGAAACCAGCGGAGCUAUUGCGGAACCGUCUUGCGGCCUGGACUGAGAACCACGCCCGACACGAGCCCUACUUCCCGUACGCUGAGUUGGCAAAGCUCAUCAAAGACGACACGCUAGGCCCAGAUGAUAACUAUUACUUCUGCCACGGCGACUUGUACCCGCGAAACAUCCUAGCCGAAGUUGUUGAUCAGAGGAGAAUCAAGAUCACCGGCAUCAUAGACUGGGAUCUUGCGGCAUUCGCGCCCGCAUUUGUCGCAUUCGAGGCACCGUGCUGGUUAUGGAAGAUGGAAAUGUACGAGACGGGCGAGCUCGAAGACGAGAAGCUACGGAUCGGGGCAGCAGACGAACCCGUGAGGGACGAGGACAGGCAGUUGAAGGCGGCUUUCGAAGAGACAGUGGGCGACGAUUGGCUGCGCAUAGCAUACUGGAAGGAUGUCGAAGUGCUAAGAUGGAUCUGGAGAAUCGGCAUGGAGGGGCUUGGAAACUCUACGUACUGGCGGAUGGCCGACGCGGCAAUCGAAGCAUUGAGUGGUCGGGCUUUUGGGCGCGAAUGGGGCCGAGGCGGUACGAAAACGUUGAAGAGCGGAAGCGGUACGAAGGCCAGCAGGAUAUAG